GCUAUAGGGCGUCGCUCACCACGAUCCAGCAACAGGAAAUAGAGUCGAAGUCAGAGGACGCAGCCGCUGCUCAACAGACGCCGAACCAUCCCCGCGUCUAAGAAAAAGUUCACGCGGGCCGCAGAGCCUCAGAGCCCGCCAGGCGUUUGCGCUCGGGCCCUUCGCUAUGUUCUGUGCUCGCCUGCAGCUUGUUUACAUUGCCACGACCGCAUGGCAACGAUGCUUUCGAAACCUUAAACACUGAACUUGUGACGACCAUUUCGCAUUGACGUGCCUUUGACACCGAACACGAUCCGUCCGCAAAGCUUCCCGACAAUCUUUCCGGCGAAGGCUGGUUGUCGCCUCGCUUGACCGUUGAACCAGCCACUGCCUGCCUCCUCAAUAUUGCGCUCCUAGUAUAGUACCAGACAGAUACUUUCGCUCUUCUCAUACUACAAACCCUUCGAAAACAUUUGCGCUGACAAAAUUUGAACCCUCCUUCCUCCAUCUCGACGUUCGUUUUCGCAGAAACACAUCGAGAGGUUGACAGAGAGUGGUACAGAUACCUGCGGACGCGGAAAACCCCACCUUUGACCUGUCGCAUUCCGGACAACCGACACAAGCAACGACAACCCACAACUAGCGGGUGCCGGCCGGCUGGCAUUCUCAUCUCCGUCAAAAGGGCAUCGGGCCCAACAUGAGGUUUCUCGAAACGUCACCCGCAAUCACGUCCUUCGUCGCAUUGCUUCUGACCAGUGCGUACCCUACGGCGGCGGGACCAUUCUCACGGGUCAACGAAGUCGUCCGGCAAGAAGUCGAGAGCCUCUCAUACGACGAUGCUCUCUCUCUCCAGAACUCGACACUCGAGCUGAAGAGAAGGCAGAAUGCAGCAACAUGUAGCUCGAGUCAGUUCAACUGUGGCUACUAUGGCCAGGUGUGCUGUGAAAGCGGGACCGAGGUCUGCGGGACAAACUCAGCAGGAGAAGCUGUUUGCGUCGCAGCGAGCAGCGGGUCACAGACUACCGCCGUGGCUGGCAGUGGAGGCCAAUGGCAGGUAUAUACUUCGAUAUGGACAACGACGGGAGCUAUCACCAUGACCUCAAUCUACAGCUCGUAUAUUCCAGCAGUGACAAGCUCUUCCUCUGGAAAUUGCGUUCCCAACUGGGCCAACGACGAAUCCGCGUGCGGAAAGAUCUGCUGCUCAAGUGGGCAAUAUUGCUUUGACGAAACUAAUGGGAUUUGCAAGCCUGCCGGUAACGGUGGAUAUACCACGACCGGUGUCACCAACUCUCCUCCGACCCGAGCAACCACAAGCAACGGUGUCAUCAUCACCUUGACCAUGACACCGACAACGACGGUUCCCUUUAGCACGCCCAUUGCGACUGGACAAAACGCAACGAUCGUCUCAAGCUCAGCCAGCAACGGAGGUUUGUCGGGAGGUGCAAUUGCCGGUAUCGUCAUUGGCGUGCUUGCUGGCGUUGCCCUUUUGAUCCUCCUUUGUCUCUGCUGCUGUCUUAAAGCUGGCUUUGACGGCAUCCUUGCGCUUUUCGGUCUUGGAAAGAAGAAGGAUCGCCGCAGGCGCGUUGUCGAGGAAGAAUACGUCGACGUGCAUAGACGGUACGGUAGCCAGGCAGGCUCUGGUAGACGUUGGUACGGCAGUGCGGCAAGUGGAAGACCAAGCAGACCACCUCCACCGAAGAAAAGCGGCAUUGCCAAUCUGGCUACCAUUGGUCUCAGCUUAGGCGGACUAGCAGCUGCUCUAGGUCUAAGGAGAGAAUUACGCAGAAGACAAGAAGAGAAGAGCGACAUAUCGAGCAGUUACUACGACAGCUACUACUAUUCGUCGAGCAGCGUUUCAGGCUCGCGGCGAGCAGGCUCGAGAAGGUAACACUCCAUACCUUGCCAGGCUCGACACGUUUUCUUUCUUUCUCACUCAUGGCAUUGCAUUGAAUAUUCGGCGUUUCGUGCGUCAUUCAGACUUUCUCCUGGUCUAGUGGACAUUGUACAUAAAGGAGGCAGGGGACAAGUGUAAUUAAAAAAAUUCGACGGCCGGUGCCCUCAUAUCACGGCACUGGACGUGCGAAACGCAUGGAGAUGUGAUUAUGCGAUAUGUAUAAGUUGGGACGAAUAAACUCUACUACCGUUAUGACAUAUGGCAGAUUGAUGGAAAACUUCAUCUUUGGAAUGAAAUGUAUGUAGCUACCAUGAAUACUACUGGAAAAAAUUCCAAUUCGUUUGCAAUAAA